CUGCCGGCAUUUUUCGUCGUUAAUGCGAUCGUCAACGAGGGCAAAACGAUCGUUUCUAUCGAUAAUGGAGAGGAAGACGACGAUGACGACGAUGACGAGGCGACUCCAGUGGAACCGGUGGCCCCAGCUGCUGCACCUCCAGCAGCUCCCGCUAUUCCAGCGGCUGUAGAGGCUGACCUGAACGCAGCUGCCCAAGAAACCGAACACGCAGGCGAAUCAGCCGCUGAGAGCACGGCCGUCGACAACGAGACGACCGGCGUAGACGAGGAUGAAGGAAACGCCGUGGGAGAGGGCCAAGCCGCUUCCGGUAUCCACGAGUCUGGCCUCGAAGGUGCUGAGUCUUCAUUGAAUCCUGUCCACGUGCCAGCCGUGUCGACGAACGAGGCCGACACGGAGGACGACGAUGACGAUGACGACGAGGACGACGUGGAUCUGGUGUACACCGAGGACGACGACGACGAGGACGAGGACGACGACGAUGAGGACGAGGACGACGACGAUGUCGACAGCAUCGCCGACAUCGCUGGCGCCAGGCAAGCACGUGAGUUCAAGGGAAAACACAGUACGGGGCAUAAACACGCGCGUAAAUCUCGCACGCGCAUGAUGCAGUCCGAAGCAAGCAACGACGUAUCAGCGAUUUACGUGGCAAAAUACAAUCGUUUCGUGGACAAUAUUUUAGGAAGAAUUAACAAAAUUUUGCGCAGUAAUUACGAUCCAGUGACGGUGAAACUGACCAACGCAAAUUCCAAGUCGAAGACGAACAAGCAAAAGAGCAAGAACAAGAAGAAAAAUAGUAGCAAAAGUGGAACGAAAAAGAGUAAUUUUGGAAUUGUGUCGGUGACUACAGAGAGAUUUAUUGAGGAUGUUCCUGAAAGUACACAGAAAACACUAGAAGGCCUGGAAAACAUAACUGUUUCUGUUACUACUAUUGACAAGGAAACAGUACCAACUACUACCAUGUCUGAAUUCGCAAGCAGAUCAAAUGUGGAAACCACCACGAAAUCUCCAAAUAGGCGAACAUCUAACUCAAAUAGCAAAAAGGCAAACAAAAUUCGCGGUGGAACGAAAAAUAAAACAAAAAAUCAGACUAACAGUAAUAAAAAUAAGACAAAGAAGAACAAACCAAAAGCACGUGCCACGCUUUACGGGCUUGCAAGUCUUCAGAGAUCAGGAGACGUGUCGGUAAACAUGAUGAGCGAUCACACUAUGAUCAAGACGAGGUUUACUCUCGGUCCCUUGAUUCUAAAAGUCGAAAAGGAAUUCGGUAGAGCCGCGAAAAAAGAAUUGAGAAGUGCGACUGCUACCACUGCAGAGAUGUCGGGAAAACUUAGUCUUCGAGUUCUUCAUGGUGGUGCUGCCACCCUCAAUUCCAUUCGUGUUUUGCAACCUAAACAGUUGGUAAAUUUAGGAACAUUUAAUAAGGGUACAAUAACAAAAGAAAAAUGUUUCUUGGAUUCCUGGAUGUUGGUGCAAUAUACUAUUAUGAGGAGAAGAGAUAAAGUUUCAAGUAAAUGGAUUAUGAAUAUUCAGAUACACAUUUGA